AUGAAAUUUAUCCUUCCUUUCCUCCUAGGCCUAGGAAGGCUUGUGGGAGCCGCUGUCAUUCCUUCCCAUGACAUUCAUACAACCGAGCUUGAAGCUCGCGAUACGACUGGAUAUCGCUCCGUUGCCUAUUUUGUCAACUGGGCGAUCUACGGACGUAACUUUAACCCUCAGGAUCUUCCUGCUGAGAGAUUAACCCAUGUUUUGUACGCGUUUGCCAACGUCCAUCCGGAUACUGGAGAAGUUUACCUGUCGGAUUCUUGGGCCGACACUGACAAACACUACACCGGAGAUUCGUGGAGCGACACCGGAAACAAUAAGAACCGAAAGUUGAAGGUUCUUCUGUCUAUCGGUGGCUGGACUUACUCUAGCAACUUUGCUAGUCCCCUGAGCACAGCGACCGGAAGAGCAACGUUCGCUUCAUCUGCAACGAACUUAGUGAAGAACCUUGGCUUUGACGGUGUGGACAUUGAUUGGGAGUACCCUGCCAACAGUGCCCAGGCUGACGACCUUGUCUCUACCCUCCAAACACUGCGCUCGUCACUGGAUACUUAUAGCGCGGCAAAUGCGAGCAACUAUCAUUUCCUGAUCACCGUCGCCUGCCCCGCUGGCCCGGCAAACUAUCAACAGCUCCACAUAGCCCAAAUGGAUAAGUACCUUGACUUCUGGAACCUCAUGGCCUACGACUACUCCGGAAGCUGGGACACUAUCGCCGGUCACGAUGCGAAUAUCUACGCAUCAACUAGCAAUCCAGCCAGUACCCCCUACAACACGGACCAGGCUAUCAACUACUAUACUGCCAACGGUGUGGCAGCUAACAAGAUCGUGAUGGGAAUGCCCCUAUACGGUCGCUCCUUCAUGAACACGGACGGGCCUGGAACCAACUUUUCUGGAGUCGGUAGUGGCACUUGGGAGAACGGUGUGUGGGACUACAAAGCCCUGCCCAUGACCGGUGCCACGGUGAACUACCUCAGUCAGCCUGUUGCCAGUUACAGCUAUGAUUCUGCACAGCGCAUGAUGGUCAGCUAUGACACUCCUCAGGUUGCGCAGUUGAAGGCGCAGUACAUCCAGUCUAAGGGUCUGGGCGGUGGAAUGUGGUGGGAGAGUAGCAGCGAUAAGACUGGCUCGGACAGCUUGAUUACUACGGUUGUCAACCAGUUUGGGGGCACCGGUGCUUUGGACCAGAGCCAGAAUGAGCUAAGCUACCCUGCGUCCUCCUACGAUAACCUGAAGGCCGGCUUCCCAUCUAGCUAG